CUGGCAUUUCAGGUUUGAGGUUACACGCGACUCGCUGCAUCGACGGCGUCCGGGUCGACUCUAGACGACCGCGUGCUUCGUGGGAACGAAUCUUUUUGAGGACGUAGCCUAGAGCUUGUACCUCGUGGAACAACAAUAUCCGCUUCAAGGGCGGGCUCCCUUCUUUUACUACGUGCCGGAACGACAUACCGACCCGGGGUUUGGCAGGCAUCUUGUGUAUACGUCCGAGUCAAUUUAAGUGAGCGAAAUGGCUAGAUACGGCCAGAGACCGGAAAAUGCUCUAAAAAGAGCUAAUGAGUUCAUUGAGGUUGGCAAGCCAGCCAGAGCAUUGGAUACACUGCAAGAAGUUUUUAGAAACAAAAAAUGGACUUACAGCUGGUCAGAGUCAGUUUUAGAACCUAUAAUGUUCAAAUACUUAGAAUUAUGUGUAGAAUUGAAGAAAUCUCACAUUGCGAAAGAAGGCCUCUUCCAGUAUCGAAAUAUGUUCCAAUCUGUCAAUGUAGGCAGCUUAGAAAAUGUCAUAAGAGGAUAUUUGCGAAUGGCAGAAGAGAAAACAGAUGCAGCCAGAAAGCAAAGUCAGCAAGCAGUGGUUGACAUAGAUGACCUUGACAAUCUUGCUACUCCUGAAAGCAUCUUGCUAUCAGCUGUCAGUGGAGAAGAUGCUCAAGAUCGUAGCGACAGGACAAUUUUGACCCCGUGGGUCAAGUUUUUAUGGGAGUCUUACUGUCAGUGCUUGGAGUUGCUUAGAACCAAUGCUCAUGUUGAAACAUUAUACCAUGAUAUAGCACGCAUGGCUUUCCAAUUUUGUUUGGAAUACAACAGGAAAACUGAAUUCCGCAAGUUAUGUGAGAAGUUGCGUAAACAUUUGGAAGACAUCAGCAAACUUCCACAGAUGGUGUCAAAUGUUUCUCUUAACAAGCUCGAAACACAGCAGUUGAAUUUGGAGACCCGUUUGAUUCAGUUGGACUCGGCUAUACAGAUGGAAUUGUGGCAAGAGGCUUACAAAGCUAUUGAGGAUAUCCAUGGAUUGAUGAAUCUAUCAAAGAAAAUGCCAGUACCAAAAACCAUGGCCAACUACUAUCAAAAGUUAGCUAUGGUUUUCUGGAAGGCUGGAAACUACUUGUUCCAUACAGCUGCCCUGUUCAAAUUGUUCCAACUUUCUCGCGAUAUGAAGAAGAACAUGUCCUCUGAGGAACUGCAGCGCAUGGCAAACAGAGUAUUGCUGGCUACAUUGUCGAUUCCGCUUCCAUCUGCACAUCCGGAAUUCGAUCGCUUUAUUGAGACUGACAAGAGUCCCCAAGAAAAAGCACAAAAACUUGCUAUUCUGUUAGGAUUGUCACAACCUCCAUCUAGAGCGUCGUUACUCAAAGACAUUAUACGUCUUAACGUCGUUACGCUAGCAUCGCCGCAACUUCAAGAUUUGUACAACUGGUUAGAAGUAGAUUUCCAUCCCCUUGAACUUUGUGACAGAGUAGAUUCCGUUGUCAAGAACCUGCAGCAGGAUGAAACAAGUCCACUGGCCCAAUAUAUUCCUGCUCUGCAAGAUGUAACUCUUGUUCGUUUAGUCCACCAGAUAUCACAAGUAUACCAAACUAUUCAAUUCGUGAGGCUGAUCGAACUCGCUAAGUUCACCACGGAAUUCCACCUCGAGCGUCUCUUGGUCGACUGUGUCAGAUACAACGACAUGCAGAUUAGAAUCGAUCACGGCAAGAAGUCCAUUCACUUCGGAGUCGACCUGUCCGAGGCCCAGAGAGAAGACCGCCCAGACGGACCCGUCCUUCAAGCCAUGCCAUCGGAGCAGAUCCGUUGCCAGCUGGUGAACAUGGCAACGGUCCUGCAUCGCGCCAUUAACAUCAUCAACCCCAACAAGAAGAAGCAGGAACGCGAGAAGGCUAGAUCUGCUAUGGUAGCCCACUACCACGAUACCAAGAUCAAGGAGCACCUGCGCAUCCUGGGCAGACAAAAGAUGAUCGAGGAGCGCAAAGAGUACAUCGAGCAGAUGAACUCCAUGCGCGAGGAAGAGGAGCAGCGUCGCCAGGAGGAGCUGCUGAGACAGCAGAUGAUAGCCGAGCAAAGGCGCUUGGAGCAGGAAAGAGAAGAGCGCGAGCGCAAGCGCCAGCAGUCCGAGAUCCAGCAAAUCAAGGACAGAAAUCUGAAGGAAAAGAUGCAGCAGAUCUCGCAGACCAGUCACGGUCAGAAGGUGCUGAAAAAACUGGACGAGGACGAGAUAAAGAAGCUCGACGCAGAGCAGAUUGCGGCUCGCGAGGCGGAGGAACUGCAAAAGGAACGAAGGGAGAUGCAGCAGAAGCUGAAGACACAGGAGAAGAAGGUCGACUAUCUGGAGCGAGCCAAGCGUCUGGAGGAAAUCCCUCUGCUCCAGAAGGCCAUGGAGAUAAAGAUGAAGCAGGCAAAACAACAGUGGGAGCAGCAGGAGGAUGAGAGAAUCCAGGCCGCGAUAGAGGAGCGCAACCAAGCCGUGGCGACACGCGAACGUCUGCAGAGAAUGAAGCCGGAAGCCGACAGCUUCCUGCAGAAGAUCCAGUCCGAGCGCACAAGAAUAUUUUUGGAGGAGUACGAUAAAUACGCUGCAAUGAUGAAAGAGGAGCGUGCCAAACGUUUGCUCCAGCGCAAGUUGGAGCGCAAGAUCGAACGCAAACUGCAGUGGGAGAAGGAUGUGGCUGAGGCAGCGGAGAAGAAGAAACAGGAGGAACUUCGCGCCAAACAAGAGGAGGAGAGAAAACGUAUGGAAGAGGAAAGAGCCAAGCGUUUGGAAGAGGAGAAGAUAAGACGCGCCAAGGAAGAAGCCAAGGAAGCUGAGCGUCGGGCCAAGCUGGACAAACAGGCUGAGAUGAUGAGGCAAAAAGAAUUGGAGGUUGAACGUAAACUGGAGGAGGAAAGAGCAAAGAACCUGGAAAGAGAAAGACCUGCGCCAACCAGUUGGAGAAAGGGUGGCCCACCUGGUCCAGCGUUGAACAAGACAAACGACGCUGGCAGUUCCUGGAGAAACAUGAGAGACGAAGCUUCCAGAGAUGGCCCACUCAAGGAAAGAGAAGAGCAUUGGAAACCCAGUGGUGAACGACGAGACUAUGGUGACAAAGAUCAACCCCGUAAAUACGAGAGAGGAUUCUCGGACAGAAGCGGUCUUGGAUCAUGGCAUCGCGGUGGAGAUGAUAAUCGUGACAUACGCCGCACAGAUUUCGGACGUGGACGCGACGACCGUGGCCCACGUGAAGACCGCGGUCCACGUGAAGAUCGCGGCCCACGUGAGGAUCGUGGCCCACGCGAUGAACGCGACAGAUUGCCAGAACGUAGAACGGAAUCACGGCCAGUUGUUGAUAACUGGCGCAGCGCGCCAAAAGAACCUGCACGACAGCCGAUUAGGGAACCGACUAAAGAGCCAGAAAAGAGAGAUAAUGCAGCACAAGAUAUUAACAGUAAAGACAUUAAGAAACAGGAGGCGGCCAACGACGGCGAUUGGCAGGAAGUAAGCCGUCGUUAAUGAAUGUAUCAUUUUACUGAAAUAUUAACCAACUUCAUCAUUAUCUGAAAUGGCAAAUUUUUACUUGUAUAUUCUUAAAAUAUUAAAAAUCAUCUAAACAAAA